AUGGAAAAGAUUAAUCUUAAUCUUUCCACCCGCCCCAAAGCGAGCAUCCUGGAUAAGCCGUUAAGUCGCGGAAAGGGAGAAGUAUCGUUGAGUUGCUAUGCUCUGCUGUUCUCCGAACUGGUCCAGUAUUCUCAAAGUCGAGUCAGCACCAUUCCCGAUUUGCAGACGAAGUUGCACGAUAUGGGCAAGGAUGUGGGAUGCCGUAUAAUUGAUUUAUAUUUCGUCCGCGAACGGAAUUCCAAACGGGAGACGAAACUGAUCAACAUGCUACUAUUUAUUAAAACUACUCUAUGGAAGACUCUUUUCGGCAAAGAGGCUGAUAAGCUAGAGCACGCUACCGAUGACGAAUGCACCUACUAUAUCAUCGAAAAGGAACCGCUUGUCAAUAAGUUUAUAAGCGUGCCGAAGGAUAAGGGCUCGCUGAACUGUGCAGUCUUUGUGGCCGGUAUAGUGCAGGCAGUUUUAUCAAACUGUGGCUUUACAUGCCAGGUUUCCGCCCACUGGCACAAGGGCACCACGUAUAUGGUGAAGUUUGAAGACCAUGUUAUCAGCAGAGACAAGCAGUUGGAAGACAAAUAA